UCUCCCGGCAUGCUCACUGGAAGUCGAAUUAUUGCUAAUGGCGGGCAUUUGCACGUAACAUGUGUGUGUUACGCUUCAUUAAUCUCAUGCGAGAGGUUUAGUACAAGUUGUUUUAGGGUCGGAGGCAGUUUGUAAGAUGCUGGAGCGUGUUUAGAGGUGGAAACAAAAGAGGACGCCAACUGGGAGAAGUGUCAUGUGGCCGCCGGCUCUCCGGUGACAGACGGGUGACAGUUUUGAGCUGGUGUCAGGUCAGAAAGAGAGAGAUGUGUGGCUUCUGCAGGUCUGCUGGACUGCUACUUUAAAUGAACACGGCUCCCCUAACUUGCCCAUUCAUUCAUUCGGUUGUGAGUUUCAGUUCUACUUCAAAUCUCCGCUAACUCACAAAGCGGAAAUGGUCUCCGUGAAAGAAACGGUGAUUUUAUUCAUGACUGUAAUCGCAGUCAACUGCUCCUCCAAACUGAAUGUACCCAAAGUUUUGCUGCCACUUGCCCGGAGCACAAGAAUCAACUUCACUUUGGAAACUACUGAAGGUUGCUACAGAUGGUCUUCCACCAGACCAGAGGUAGCAAGUGUCCAGCCAGUGGAUGAAGAGUCUGCCAGGGGUUGCUCGAGGACAGCGGUCCUCCAGGCUCUCUCCACGCAGCCCUCCAGACUGACCAGUAUAAUUCUGGCUGAGGACGUUGUGACCGGGCAGGUUCUGCGCUGUGAUGCCAUCGUCGACAUCAUCAGCGACAUUCAGAUCGUCUCCACCACCAGAGAGCUUCACCUCGAGGACUCACCCCUGGAGCUCCGAAUUCAUGCACUGGACUCUGAAGGAAACACUUUCAGCACCCUCGCAGGUCUAGUGUUCGACUGGACUUUAGUGAAAGAUGUAGAUGCAGAUGGAUUCUCGGACUCCUAUAGUUCAUUACGGGUACUCAAAUUCUCAGAGUCCACCUACACUCCCCCUGGGUACAUAACUGAAAUGGAACGUGUCGGUAAGCAGGGGGACAUCAUACUGGUGUCUGGAAUGAAAACAGGACAUGCCAAAUUGAAAGCCAAAAUACAAGAGUCUCUGUAUAAGGAUGUGGGGGCAGCCGAGGUUCGACUACUGAUCUUAGAGAACAUCCUGCUGAGUCCUGCUCAUGAUGUCUACCUGAUGGUGGGAACAUCCAUCCGUUACAAAGUCCUCAAGAUAAGACAGGGCAAGAUAGUUGAGCUUUCAAUGCCAUGCGAUCAGUACGAGCUCCACCUGCAGAACAGUGUUGUUGGGGCAAACGGAAACCCAGAUGAAGCCGUGGCCCGUCUUGAUCGGAGUAACUCGGUCGUUACCGGAGUACAGCUGGGGCAGAUCAAUGUGGUGCUGGACCACAAGAGUCUCCGAAUGCAGGGAGUAUCUCGUCUCCCAAACAGCACCCUCUACGUGGUGGAGCCAGCCUACCUUGCUUUCCAAAUCCACCCGGGUGACAGCUGGGUUCUGGAGACUGGCAGGCAGUACAAGAUUGGGAUUGAAGUGUUCGACAAGUCGGGCAACAAGAUAUUCCUCGCUGAUAAUGUUCGCAUCACCGCAGUGUUCCCAGGAGAAUACUUCCAGGUCCUGGAGUCUUCUGUGAAUGGUUCCUAUCAUCUCGUCAGAGCUUUGACUCAUGGUCUUACUCUCAUUGAGGCGACGCUGAAAGCUGUCGUGGAUGAAAAGGGAAACGUCUUUCCACUGGCGAACCCAGUCCACAAUGAGCAGGAUGUGGAAAUGUAUGACCCUAUAGUUUUGAGUCCAAGUAAUCUGACGUUUCCAUGGCACCCCAAGGUCGGAGCCUAUCAGUACACAAUAAAGGCCUCCGGUGGGAGCGGCAAUUUCAGCUGGUCGUCCUCGAACACGACUGUCGCCACAGUAACUGUGAAAGGAGUGAUGACGACAGUCAGCGAUAUAGGCGUGAGCGUGGUGUAUGCCCAUGAUCUGCGAAACCCGCUUCACUAUGGACAGAUGAAGGUUUACGUGGUUGAGCCUAUCUCUAUGGACUUCUCUCCAUGCCAAGUGGAGGCUGUUGUUGGCAAAGUCUUGGACCUGCCGAUAAAGAUUCUUGGGCUACUUGAAGAGGAGAAGGAGGGCCGCGUUAUGCUGACUGACUGCUCCAACUUCGACCUGCAGGUUGAGGCUGAUGUCCAAGGAGUGUUUGAGAUACUUCCUGAGAGACUGACUCCAGGCCGUGGACACUGCAGCGGCAUCAGAGCGAAGGCUCUGGCCCCUGGAAGCAUCGUACUCACCGUCAGCUACACCCACGGAAACAUUCAUCUCGUGGCCAAAAUCACGAUUGCUGCCUAUCUACCCCUCAGAGCAGUCGACCCUGUGACUGUUGCCGUGGUGACUCUGGGAUCCACUAAAGACUUGGUGUUUGAAAACGGGCCCCGGCCGUGGGUCUUAGCAUCUUCCACUUUCUUCUGCAACUUUGUUGGCCACGAUGAGCCGUUCGUCUCCGUGGAGUGGAUCAGCCGGUCCUCUCAUAACUAUAACCAGGUGUCUCUAAGGGCCACUUGCAAGGCCCUUGGCGAGCAGAAUGUGAUCGUGAAGAUGGGGAACAAGCCCAGUUUGUCGAAUCCGUAUCCCGCUGAGGAGGAGGCAGAGGUGUUGGUCAUCUGUGCUCCUCCUUCUCGCUUUGCCCUGGUUCCGGUGUACAGCAGCCCACAGCUGGACCUGAGCUGCCCACUGCUGCAGCAGAACAGACGAGUGGUUCCGGUUUCAAAUUACCGCAACCCUUUAUUGGAUCUGGCAGCAUUUGAUGAACAAGGAAGGAAGUUUGACAAUUUUAGCUCCUUAAGUUUGUUGUGGGAAACAAACAAGAACAACUUGGCAAGCUUUGAUCCUGCUUCUCCAAUGGAGCUGCAUCUCGUCAAGGACGAACUGAAGCAAAAGAAACUUCAUGGUCGCCGGACCGUUGUGGUGUAUCAUCAGACAGGGCUCGCCGAGGUUUCAGUGAAGGCUGUGGGUUACCAGGCAGCCCAUCUCACUGCAGCUCAAGUCACCUCUAAAAAUAACCCCCUCACCCCGAUCUCGGCCACGCUGGAACUCAUGCUGGUGGAAGAUGUGAAGGUUUAUCCUGCUUCAGUGACCAUAUACAACCAUCCAGAUGUGCGGACUUUAUUGACCCUGAAUGAGGGUUCAGGUUACUUCUUCGUCAACACCAGUAGCAGAGGAAUUGCGAGUGUGAUUCACCAGGAGGCCAAAGGAACUGUUCAGGUUGCUCCCACUUCUCCCGGAGAAGUGAAGGUGAUGGUCCAUGACCUCUGUUUGGCUAAUCUAGCGCCUGCUAAAACUACUGUGCAAGUGUCUGACAUCCUGGAGGUGAACGUCAGAGUCGUUGACAAGGUGGAGAUUGGUCAAACUGUGAAAGCAUACGUCAGAGUCUUGACUGCCAAUAAGAAGCCUUUCCCAGCCAGUGUCUUUCAAUAUAUGGAUCUGAAGCUCCAGGCUUCAUCCACAAUCGUCACUCUAACAAUGUUAUCGGACUCGACCGAAAGUGACACCGCUGUGUUCCAAGUCAAAGGGGUCGCCAUUGGUCUGACCAUUCUGUCAGCCUCGGUCGUGAACAAGAGUGGGAAAAGAAUUCCGUCACUACCGCAACAGUUUGAGGUGUUUCCACAAUUUAAACUGAUCCCGAGGAGAAUGACUCUGCUGAUUGGAGCCAUGAUGCAGAUCACAUCCGAGGGUGGCCCCCAGCCGCUGUCCAACAUCCAUUUUUCCAUUUCCAAUGAGAAGAUCGCCCAUGUGAACAACGUGGGACAUGUCAGGGGCGUCAACAUCGGGAACGUCUCUGUGACCGGAGUGGUCCGAGCUGUGGAUGCUGAAACUGGAAACCUUGUCGAUGUGUCUCAGGACACAGUGGAAGUGGAGGUUGUGCGUUUGGUUUCCAUACGAAUCAGAGCCCCGAUCACAAGAAUAAAGACUGGGGCAAAGAUGCCUGUGUACGUCAUGGGCCUGACCAGCAGCCAGACUCCCUUCUCUUUUGGUAGUGCUCUUCCUGGUCUGGUCUUUCACUGGUCUACUACCAAACGAGACAUUUUGGACGUCCAGUCAAGACACUCAGAGGUGAAUGUAGAGCUGCAGUCCGAGUACAACUUUGGCAUGGUGGUGACGGGGCAGACAAGAGGGCGCACUGGGCUGAAGGUGGUGCUCAAAGCCGUCAACCCUAUGGCCGGUCAAUUGAUCGAUGAUCUGCCGGAGCUCAAGGAUGAGAUACAAAUACAGGUCUACGACAAGCUGCACGUUCUUAAUCCCCAAGUGGAGGCUGAUGAAAUCCUGAUGGCUCCUAAUUCCAUUUUGAAACUCAAAACUAGCAGGGAUGAUGUUGGGAUGCUGUCCUACCGGAUGCUGAAUUGUGCCGAUCAGAUUGUUGUCGCCCAAGUUGACGGCAAGGGUGUCCUCUCAUCUGGAGCCAGCACCGGCAUCUCUUCGCUGCUGAUCACCUCCCAGGAAUCUUUUGGUGUCAAUCAAACGCUCAUCCUCGCUGUGAAGGUGAUGCCUGUCUCUUAUGUGCGCUUCAGCACCAGUCCUAUUGUUUACACAGCAACGAAGGAGAGCCAGACAGCCUUCCCAGUGGGCGCUGUUCUUACAUUCAACGUCCACUCCCACGGCAGCACCGGGGAGACGCUGCACAGCUCCAACUCCGACCUCAGAUUCUCCACAAACCGAGAUGAUCUGGUCCAGGUCGUUCCAGGGCCCAGAAACCAAACCUUGACCAUCAGGACUGUCAAUGUCGGACUCACCCUCCUUGCUGUGUGGGACAAUGAAAACGCUGGCGUGGCAGAUUUCAUCCCCCUUCCAGUGGCGCAGGCCAUCGACCCAGCGGAGGCAGAAAGACUGGUGGUGGGAGAUGUGGUCUGUUUCAUGACUCCGCUCAUGGGCCAGGAAGGUGCUCAUGGGACUUGGAGCUCUUCAGAUAAUGGGGUGCUUCAGGUAGACCCCAAGAGUGGUGCUGCAGUAGCCCGAAACUUUGGGUCAGUGUCUGUCUACUACGAGAUUCCAGGCGUUUUGAAAACCUACAGAGAGGUUUUGGUGGAAGAGGGGAUGGAAAUGACACAACAAGCCAUCGCAGAACCGGCGCCGAUCAGGAAUGGAAAGAACACAAGAGUGAUGUUGAAGACAAGGAAACAUGGGACCAACCUGAUCGGAACCUGCUCCUCCAUCCAGACCGAAGCCAUUACCCAUCUGCGCCCCGAAACCUCCCUCAACUGUGUCCUCAGCUUCACCAAUAACGCGGUUGAUUUUCCAGCCGACAGUGUCUUAAUGAAAGAAAUCAGCUUUGACGCCAGUCAGGGGCUCUACGUGUGUUCUCUGACCUUGAGGCCGCUGACUGACCAGCAAACACGAGUGCUCAGCAUGUCCAGGACCAGUCUGAUGGUGAGAGCAGAACAGCCCAACUUCUUCGGGGAGGAGAUCAGUGCUGUGUUGCCGAUAGAACCUGGGCUCUACUCCGACCAGUCGGAGCUGCUCUUGAGCCUGCACAAGUGUGCUGAGCUGACGGUGUUCGGACCGCCUGAUGCCUUGUCGGAUCUCCAGGCGCACUCUUCCUCCCCUGCUGUCACCGUUGAAGAGAUGGAGGCGCAUCUCAGCAUCCCUUACUACGCUAAAUUCCGCGUCACCGCCAUUGACCCUCAAGCUGCAGCAUCUGCUUCGCUUUCCAUUCGCAGCCCGUCCUCGGGCCAGAACCUCGUCAUCCCAGUCAGUGUGAUACAUGUGACCGAGCCCAGCGUCGCCACUCAAGAAAACCAUUCGUUCGACUACCACCUGAUGUUCUUCAUGUUGUUCACGCUCCUAGCUUGCACAUCCAUUGUUGUCAUUGUCACACACUCGAUGUUCUCGCAAAGACAAGUCUACUACAACCCCACGUAUCUUCUGAGGACACCGAACCAGAGUGGUCUGAAUACCUCACACGGGAACUCUUUCAUCCAGACGCCGACCACAACUCCGAACUCAAAGAUCCGUCUCCUGUCCACGAACCUCUGACGACUCGCCUUUGUCGGCGCAGGCCUUAAACACAGACUGAAUGUGACUCAGGAUUCAUCACCUGAUAACUGGGCUUUUCUUUGUUUGUGCUUCUCUUGUGUUUCCCCACUGUUUUUACAGACACCACUGUCUUGCCUAUAAUCAGCUGUCCUCUUUGCUUGUUUGCUGUUUGCCUUCUUGAUUUGUAUUUGUGGGAUUGAAGAACUCAGGAUAAUGUCGACUCAUCACAAAAGAAUCGUUUAGUAAUUUUGGUGGGACCGGAGGAAGAGCGUCCCCUCGCCGUGAAACCGUCCCUGAAGUGUUGAACUGUGCGUACAUCUGUAACAAAGGUAGCGAACCCUCCGUCCUCACUGACUGCUGAGCCGUGACACGUGAAGCUCCCGUCUGGUUAAUGUGAACGUUCCAUUUCAAAUGUGAUUUUGGUUCGCCCGACUUCAUUUCUGAGAUCGUAGCAACGUUUUAACGCUGAUCAUAAGACUUUGAUUUAAAAGAGCUAUUUUUGUACCGAAAGUCAACUGUAUUUAUGUUAACUAUUACAUUCAAGAACUGAACAUCUGUGACCGUCCCAACUGUGUUUCUUCAGUAGUCGUUCCAUUAUUCCUUGGUUUGCUGCAUGUUUUGCCAAUUAAACUUUUUACUGACUGAAACAGACCCUCAGUCCGACCACCGUAUGCCCCACUCAUGGUCACACACUCAGGAAGCUAU